AUGGAGUCCACGAACUCCCAGGAAUUUGUUGUCGAUGAAGAGACAAAGGCUCCCCCCCGCAAAUGGGGCAUGGCUCGACAUACGAUGGGGAUUAUACUGUUGAUGUGUGUGGUGUUCCUGUGGACGGCCUCGAACUUUCUAGCCAGCACUAUCCUCGCAGACGACAGCUACUCCCACCCAUUUUUCAUCACAUAUAUCAACACGUCGUUCUUCGUGGUCUUUCUGAUAUACGUGAUCGCGUCCCGCGUUUUCCGUAUGUGGCGCAGAGGCAAAUUGUCGCAGGUGAAGUCAUUGAAAUCAUUCUUCACGUGUCUCGAUUUACAUGGAAUGAAAGAGCCGGCUUCUCAUACCAGUGAAGCCGGGACAUCACUGGACGAAGACGAAUAUUAUGCGAUAGAUGAAGCGAACAACCAACGACAGCGAUUGCUGAAUAAUUACACUGAGGAUCCGGAAUUGGCGCCGCCGUCACCAACCUCUUCUAAAUUAGAUGCGACGACCCCAGCAGCUGGUAAAUUAGGGCUCGGGCAAACGGCGCGCUUGGCCGCACAGUUCUGUAUGCUAUGGUUUCUAGCAAACUAUUUCGCAAUUGCGUGUCUGCAAUACACGACGGUGGGCAGCACGACGAUAUUAACAUCGAUGAGCGGGGUCUGGACAUUGAUUUUCGGCGCUCUGAUUCGCGUUGAGCGAUUCACUCUCCGCAAAGCGCUGGGUGUAUUUGCGUCGCUGAUUGGAGUCGUACUCAUUUCGCGUGUGGAUUUAUCGUCUUCUUCACCGGCUCCACCUGACGAUACUACCACACCCUCCAACGGCGGUGAUGCACCCUACUCGAGUAAAACGCCCGCCCAAAUCGCUCUGGGAGAUGCAAUGGCAGCUCUAAGCGCGAUUGUGUACGGCAUCUACACGAUCGUCAUGAAAAAGCAAGUCGGCGACGAGUCGCGGGUCAACAUGCAACUCUUUUUCGGCUUGGUCGGGUUAUUCAAUGUUAUCUUGCUCUGGCCUGGAUUUAUCUUGCUGCACGUGUUGGAUAUUGAGAAAUUCGCGUUUCCGAGCGAGAAUCGGAUCUGGAUUAUUAUCCUUGUAAACUCAAUAUCCUCCCUCAUAUCAGAUAUAUGCUGGGCCUACGCAAUGCUGCUCACAACUCCGCUUGUAGUAACAGUUGGUCUGAGUCUGACCAUCCCAUUGUCGCUGGUGGGUCAAAUCAUCUUGCAGGGACAGUAUGCGGGUGUGUUGUACUGGAUUGGCGCGACGAUUGUGUUUGCGUCGUUUUUGAUCGUGAACCAGGAGAGUAAAGAGGAUGAAGAGAUUGAGCAGGAGCAGCUGCAGCUGCAGCGCGAGGAUCUCGGGGGUUCUGCGCUCCUGGGGAGGGAAGAAAGUGAGGAAUGA